AUGUUAUUAGUAGUAUUCUGGUUGCAGUGCCGCGAGUUGCCGCCGGAGCCGCAGGUGCUGGCGGGGCCGCGCGGGGCGGGCGGGGCGGAGGCGCCGGCGCGCGCGCACCUCGUGCACGACCUCGCGCACCUGCCCGACCACGGCCAGGAGAAGCCGAUCAACCUGGAGCGCGCGGAGCAGCUGCUGGCGGCGCCGGCCUGCGCCCCCGAUAUCCCGGCCUUCGCCCCCGUGCACGCCGUGGUGUCGGAUUUGAACGUUGAUGCAAAACUUUUCAUUCCACCAUACGAUAGAUAUAGGAAAUAUCGUUCUUUGGCACAGAUUGAGGAGUUAAAAGAAUUCAAAGAAAAGGAAGCAAAAAUUGCGGCCAUCAGCAAAGACAACGAGCUGAUCAAGUCCGAGGUGCUGGACAAGCUCAAGCAGGCGUCGCGCGCGCCCACGCCACCCGCUCCCGCGCCCGCGCCCGCUCCCGCUCCCGCGCCCGCGCCCGCCGCCGCUGACGCCGACGACGCCAAGAAGACGCAGAGGAAGCGCAAGAUCUCCGACAAGGAGCGCAAGGAGGCGGCGCCGGCGCCGCCCGGGCCGACGCUGGAGCAGCCGGCGCCCGCGCGCGCGCCCGCCAAAUCCAAGAGCGUCAAGAUGGCCGCCGAACCUCCCAAUCUCAAAAAUGUAAUUUACAAGAAUGUAAAUUACAGGAAGUUUUACGACGCGGAAAAAUCGCGCAAGCAACCCAAAAUGAAAUUUAAGAAGCAUAAAUAGUUUUUUUAAGCGAAACGACGGAAUAUAUUAUCGUAUAUACUUUUUACUUAUAAA